GGUAGUUGAUGGCAGAGGAGGUCAGGAGGCACUCAGGUGCCACCAUCUCACAUUGGGGCCCCUGCUGUCUUGGCCUUGUGAGAAGCACCGCCCACCCCACCCCCAGGUCAGCUCUGUCAACUACACGUCAUUGACUGGAAUGCUGCAUUCAGAGAGGUGUCAAGUGGGUCUCUCACAGCUCUCUUUUCUAGGACAUUUUGAUGGAACGAUUGCUUGAGAGAUCUGAAAUAUGCAAGAAGGGGUCUUGAAACUGCUUGGGAGAGACGACAUGGAGUCACCAUCUGUUCCAGGUUCUGUGAUUACAGGUAUGGACCACCACACCUGGUUUAUGCAGAUGGAACUCAGGGCUUUGUUCAGGUCAGGCAAGUGCUCUACCAAUGGAACUACACCACCCCCCCUCCCACCUCCCCCACCCUGUUCCCUUCUAGCUGUUUCUUAUGAUGCUAAAGUUAGAUAGCCAUGGCCUAAGACAACAGGGAGCCUCAGGCUAGAGCUGGAAGAAGGAGAUGGGGGAAGCCCUAAGGUACAGGCAGCUGCUUAGUCAUCUGUGGGUCAGGCUUGCUGGUAGACAUGCAUACAGGCAGACACACACACACACACACACACACACACACACACACACACACACACACACACGGCAGGGUCAAAGCACCUCAAAUGCUGAAUCUCUCUGGUCUCGGUGGGUGCAGGGAGGCACACAAAUGAAAAUGGGGAGGGCUAAGGAUGAACUGUUCUUAGGUGAUAGCCUGUAACCCAGGAUCUUUGUCCCUCAUCCCUUCUGAGGGUCCCUGAGUGCUCCUUCAAAGGCCAGAGAAGCUGAGUCAUUGCCCAGCUCAGACCAGACACACCCAUCCAUGGAGGCUGAGGUGACCUGUGUGCCAAAGAGAGUAUGUGCUAAGAUCUUGUUGUGCAUGGGCUGGCCAGCUGGGGAAUGUGGGGGAUCAGCAGACCAAGCUUAGGCCAGCACGCACCAUCCCAAGCUAUGAAAUGCUGCCCAGAUGGAGAAUUCCCCUUGGCCCUUUCCCAGGACUGGGUCCAAUGGCCAGCCUUCCUCCUGACCCCUGUCUCUCUGACACAGACUGUGGUGCCUAGGCUGUGGCCCACUUGGGCCAUCCCUGCUCUAUGGCGUCCUUCCCCACCCCGCCCCCCCACAUCCCCAAGGAUCUUGAUGUUAAAUUCUUGCCCCUGUGAGCUGCUGGGGAUGUGGGGAAGGGAGGGAGCCUCAUGCUCAGAUCUGGUUUCCCUGCUUCUUCCCGUGGCUGGCUGCCACGGGCUGAGCCACCAGCUGUGCUAUAUAAGGCCCGCGGCUGGACUGCUGGAGAGGUGAAGAAGACUUGGACCCCAAGCUAAGAGCCUUGUUCAGGACACGAAAGGAGACGUUUUCUUCCUGUUCCUUCCGCACCAAACUUGGUAAUUGAAGAUCAUUGGCUCUAUGAAACAUCCCUGGGGAACCACUGGCCCAACUUUGUGAAGCAGUAUCACCUAUCUGUGACAUUUCUACGUGGCCUUGAGGGAAAGAUGGCAGCAACCAAGACCUGGGUACUCUCUUUCCUGGUCCUGGAGUUCACCACUGUGCUCGGGAGACAGAUGCUUUCCCAGUCAGUGAGAAGAGUCCAGCCUGCGAAGAGGACCUCUAACACCUUUGCCAAGUCUGCUGACUCCCUGGAGAGUCCUGGUGAGUGGACAACUUGGUUUAACAUCGACCACCCAGGUGGGCAGGGUGACUAUGAGCGAUUGGAUGCUAUUCGCUUCUACUAUGGGGAGCGUGUGUGUGCCCGUCCCCUGCGGCUAGAGGCCCGGACCACUGACUGGAUGCCUGCGGGCAGCACUGGCCAGGUGGUCCAUGGCAGUCCCCGUGAGGGCUUCUGGUGCCUCAACAGGGAACAGAGACCAGGCCAGAACUGCUCCAAUUAUACAGUGCGCUUCCUCUGCCCACCAGGGUCCUUGAGACGAGAUACAGAGCACAUCUGGAGUCCUUGGUCUCCCUGGAGCAAGUGCUCAGCUGCCUGUGGUCACACCGGGGUCCAGACUCGUACCCGCACGUGCUUGGCACAGACAGUGUCACUGUGCAGUGAGGCCACCGAGGAGGGCCAGCUCUGCGUGAGCCAGCCCUGCACAGCCUGUGACCUGACCUGCCCCAUGGGCCAGGUGAAUGCUGACUGUGAUGCCUGCAUGUGCCAGGACUUCAUGCUUCAUGGGGCCAUCUCCCUCCCUGGAGGUGCCCCAGCUCCGGGGGCCACUGUCUACCUGCUGGCCAAGGCACCGAAGAUGCUGACCCAGACAGACAGUAGAGGGAGGUUCCGAGUUCCCGGCUUGUGUCCUGAUGGCAAGAGCAUCCUGAAAAUCACCAAGACCAAGUUUGCUCCGAUUGUGCUCACGAUGCCCAAGACUAGCCUGAAGUCAGCCACUGUCAACGCAGAGUUUGUGAGGGCAGAGACUCCAUACAUUGUAAUGAACCCGGAGACGAAAGCACGGCGGGCCGGGCAGAGUGUGUCCUUGUGCUGCAAGGCCACAGGGAAACCCAGUCCAGACCAGUACUUCUGGUACCACAACAACACAUUGCUGGAUCCCUCCCUCUACAAGCAUGAGAGCAAGCUGGUGCUGAGGAACCUGCAGCAGGACCAGGCAGGGGAGUACUUCUGUAAGGCACAGAGUGAUGCUGGGGCUGUGAAGUCCAAGGUUGCCCAGCUGACUGUCAUCGCACAUGAUGAGAGUCCUUGCAACCCAACCCCUGAGAGCUAUCUUAUCCGGCUGCCCCACGACUGCUUCCAGAAUGCCACCAACUCCUUCUACUAUGAUGUAGGCCGCUGUCCGAUCAAGACCUGUGCAGGGCAGCAAGACAAUGGGAUCCGGUGCCGGGAUGCUGUGGAGAACUGUUGUGGCAUCUCCAGAACAGAAGAGAGGGAGAUCCAGUGCAGUGGGUACACACUACCCACCAAGGUGGCCAUGGAGUGCAGCUGCCAGCGAUGUGCAGAGACACGGAGCAUCGUGAGGGGCCGAGUCAGUGCGGCUGACAACGGAGAGCCCAUGCGCUUUGGCCAUGUGUACAUGGGGAAUAACCGUGUGAGCAUGACUGGCUACAAGGGCACGUUCACCCUCCACAUCCCCCAGGAUACGGAGAGGCUAGUGCUCACAUUUGUUGACAGGCUGCAGAAGUUUGUCAAUACUACCAAAGUGCUGCCCUUCAACAAAAAGGGGAGUGCAGUGUUCCAUGAGAUCAAGAUGCUUCGGCAGAAAGAGCCUAUCACAUUGGAAGCCAUGGAAACCAACAUUAUCCCCCUGGGAGAGGUGGCUGGUGAAGACCCUGUGGCUGAACUGGAGAUUCCAUCCAAAAGUUUCUAUAGGCAGAAUGGGGAGCCUUUCACAGGAAAGGUGAAGGCCAGUGUGACCUUCCUGGAUCCUCGGAAUAUUUCCACGGCCACAGCUGCCCAGAGUGACCUGAACUUCAUCAAUGAUGAAGGAGACACCUUUCCCCUUCGAACAUACGGUAUGUUCUCAGUGGACUUCAGAGACGAGGCCACUUCUGAGUCACUCAAUGCUGGCAAGGUGAAGGUCCACCUAGACUCGACCCAGGUCAAGAUGCCAGACCAUGUGGCAGCCAUGAAACUCUGGUCGCUCAACCCAGACACAGGACUGUGGGAAGAGGAAGGCGAUUUCAAAUUUGAAAGCCAGAGGAGGAACAAGAGGGAAGAGAGAACCUUCCUAGUGGGCAACAUGGAGAUCCGAGAGAGAAGGCUCUUUAACCUGGACGUCCCUGAAAGCCGAAGGUGCUUCAUCAAGGUGAGAACUUACCGGAGUGAGAGGUUCUUGCCCAGUGAGCAAAUCCAGGGGGUUGUAGUCUCGGUGAUCAAUCUGGAGCCCAGAACUGGCUUCUCAUCUAACCCCAGGGCCUGGGGCCGAUUUGACAGUGUCAUCACAGGCCCCAAUGGGGCUUGCCUGCCUGCCUUCUGUGAUGACCAGUCCCCUGACGCUUACUCCGUCUAUGUCUUGGCAAGCCUUUCUGGAGAAGAACUAGAGGCAGUAGAGUCUUCUCCUAAAUUCAACCCAAAUGCAAUUGGUGUCCCUCAACCCUACCUCAACAAACUUAAAUACCGUCGGACAGACCAUGAGGAUCCACGGGUUAAAAAGACGGCUUUCCAAAUCAGUAUGGCCAAGCCGAGACCUAACUCAGCUGAAGAGAGCAAUGGACCCAUCUACGCCUUUGAGAACCUUCGGGCGUGUGAAGAGGCACCGCCCAGUGCGGCCCACUUCCGGUUCUAUCAGAUUGAAGGGGAUCGCUAUGACUACAACACAGUUCCUUUCAGUGAAGAUGACCCCAUGAGCUGGACUGAAGACUACCUGGCAUGGUGGCCCAAGCCAAUGGAGUUCAGGGCCUGCUACAUCAAGGUAAAGAUUGUGGGGCCCCUGGAGGUGAAUGUACGAUCCCGCAACAUGGGGGGCACCCACCGGCAGACCGUGGGGAAGCUCUAUGGGAUCCGAGAUGUGAAGAGUACUCGGGACAGAGACCAGCCUAAUGUCUCAUCCGCCUGCCUGGAGUUCAAGUGCAGUGGAAUGCUCUAUGACCAAGAUCGUGUAGACCGCACGUUAGUAAAGGUCAUCCCCCAGGGCAGCUGCCAUCGGGCCAGUGUUAACUCUAUGCUGCAUGAGUAUCUGGUCAACCACCUUCCAUUAGCAGUCAACAAUGACACCAGUGAGUAUACCAUGCUGGCACCCCUGGACCCCCUGGGCCAUAAUUACGGUAUCUACACGGUCACUGACCAGGACCCUCGUACAGCUAAGGAGAUUGCACUUGGCCGGUGUUUUGAUGGCACUUCUGAUGGCUCCUCCAGAAUCAUGAAGAGCAAUGUGGGAGUUGCCCUGACCUUUAACUGCGCAGAGAGGCAGGUAGGCCGCCAGAGUGCCUUCCAGUACCUCCAAAGCACACCCGCCAGGUCCCCAGCUGCAGGCACUGUCCAAGGAAGAGCACCCUCCAUGAGGCAACAGCGGGCAAGCAGGGGUGGCCUGCGCCGGCGUGAAGGAGUGGUCCCUCUGAGGUUUUCUGGGGUUGCUCAACAACCUCUGAGCAACUAAGUCUGGUGGGUCUUCAUAGUCCUCCCUGUCCACCUCAGGUGACAGCUGUUGUGAGACUUUUGCACGAAUUGUCACUUGUUAAUUUAAACACAUCUGUUUUGGUGCAUCCUGCUUCUCUGUACCU